GAUGCAAUGAAUUCUCACUGAGCUGUGAAAGUGACAAUUCAGCCCAAAGAUAUAUCUUGCAGGUGAAAAAACUUCAAUCUGUGUGUCUCAGCAAAAGAAAAGAAUCCGAGUGAAGUCAUACGUCAUUACUAGAAACGGACUAGCUCGGAAAGAAAUCUUUAAUUUAUCAGGGCCCCGCAUUGAUUCUUACGCCUGUGAGUCAAACAACUUCGCUUCACCAAACACCACAAUUAUCGCAAUGGAGUCUGCUCUGGUAUUUUCAUUCCUGUAUCGCUUUAAACUGAUCAAUGCUAAUUAUCUCAUCUAGUUCUUCAUUGAUAAUCCCAACCUUGGGAACGCCGAUAGCUUGGAGGACCACCGAAGUACGUUUCUCUGAUUUCCCGAAGAUCGAAACACUAUGAACAGAAACAACAAGCUGAUUGAUUAGUCCGUGGCUACAACCCCCUCACCCCCCCAAACCUCCUUCAACAUGAGAUCGCUCUCACCGAAAAGUCGAAAAAGACCGUGUUGCAAGGUCGGAAAGAUGCCGCUGCCGUCGUCAAGGGCACUGACCCGCUAAACCGUCUUCUCGUGAUUAUCGGUCCUUGCUCCAUCCACGACCCCGAGAUUGCUCUCGAGUACUGCGAUCGCCUGCUCAAGCUCAAAGAAAAAUACCAAGAUACUCUCCUCAUUGUCAUGCGCUCCUACCUCGAGAAGCCUCGCACGACUGUCGGCUGGAAGGGAUUGAUCAAUGACCCGGAUAUCGACGGUAGUUUCAAGAUCAACAAGGGUCUGCGCCUGUCCAGACAACUUUUCGUCGAUCUGACUAGCAAGGGUAUGCCAAUUGCCAGUGAGAUGCUGGAUACCAUCUCUCCACAGUACACUGCCGACUGCUUAUCACUCGGCGCCGUCGGUGCUCGUACCACCGAAUCUCAAGUUCACCGAGAACUAGCUUCCGGAUUGUCUUUCCCCGUCGGAUUCAAGAACGGUACCGAUGGUUCGCUAGGUGUUGCUAUCGAUGCCAUUGGCGCUGUUAGACAUCCUCAUCACUUCCUGUCUGUCACAAAACCCGGUGUUGUCGCUAUUGUGGGAACGGAUGGUAACGACGACUGCUUCGUGAUUCUCCGUGGUGGCACCAAGGGAACGAAUUACGACGCUAAAAGUAUUUCCGAGGCAAAGGAGGACCUCACCAAGAAGGGCUUGAGGCCACGUCUUAUGGUCGAUUGCUCACAUGGUAACUCAUUGAAGAACCACAAGAAUCAGCCCAAGGUAGCCGACGUUCUCGCUGAGCAGAUUGCCGCUGGCGAGACCGCUAUCAUGGGAGUCAUGAUUGAGAGUAACAUCAACGAAGGCUCCCAAAAGGUUCCUCCAGAAGGCAAGUCCGGCUUGAAGUACGGUGUCAGUAUCACCGACGCGUGUAUCGGCUGGGAAGACACCGAGUCGGUUCUCGAGAGCCUGGCACAAGCCGUCCAGAAACGUCAAAAAUUGGCCGCCACCAACGGUAACUAAUGAACAAUCGAACGAAACGUCUUUUGUUGUGCACCUAGAUAUGACUUAAUUUUCAGUUUGGUGAAAACGAUAUAAUCAGUUGGGAAAAGUUUCAUGGUUGUUGGUAAUGACACUGUAUCCCGAAAGAGGGACGAUAUAAAAGUUGGAGUUUUUCAAUCCUAUUUUGAGACGUGCAGCUUAGCUUUUUGGGCUUAGAAAUAAAACCGUGUAGACACUAAGACUAUUUGGGCUUAGGGCAAGCAUCGGGUCGGUUUCGUCAUAGCGCAAAGAAAACCCCAAAUGGGAAAACUGACUGUUUUGCUUUCUCG